AUUCCCAUCACUAUUUAUUUAUUAUGAAUCAGAUAAUUUUUGUAAAACAAAAAUGAUAAAACAGCAAUAAAUAUGGUAAAACCUAGAGCUAUGUACGUGUCAUCAUCUAAAUGGCCCAUUCGUUGGGAAGAGCGUAUCCAACCGUUAAUCCUAUUUCACUGUGCAGAUAAAUACAGAAUAGAGGGACCCUCUCUUCCAGACGACAAGUGGGGGCUCUUCUCCAUUGUUAGGGUUUGUUGUUUCUAUCAACAACGUUAUUUAUUUUUUAUAAAAUCUCUCUUCAAUUCUCAAUUAGUCUUUUUAAUCUUUCGCAGUGCUUCAAAGCUUCAAACCACAGUCAACGUAUCAAAACCUCUGCAAAACACACAGAUGGAAGUGAAUCAUAGCGGCGGCGAUGGUUUCAGUGAAGAAAAAGAUACGCCGGAGACGACGGAACAACAAACGUUGAAUGAGUCGGAGUCUCCGUCGGAGGCGGCGAUGAAAGAAGAGCUCUCUGAAACGGGUAAUCACAAUCAUGACGAGUCUCGUUCAAUGGAUAUUAUUCCGAUUCCGAAUCCGAUUCCGAUGACAAUAACAGUUCCGGCGGCUAAGAAGCCGUCGAAGGACCGUCACACGAAGGUGGAGGGGCGCGGUCGGAGAAUCCGAAUGCCGGCCACAUGCGCCGCGAGGAUCUUCCAGCUGACGCGGGAGCUUGGUCACAAAUCCGACGGAGAAACAAUACGGUGGUUGCUAGAACAAUCCGAGCCUGCCAUCAUUGAAGCAACAGGCACCGGUACUGUUCCAGCCAUCGCUGUUUCCGUCGGCGGGACGCUAAAGAUUCCGACAUCCUCCGCGGCGAGGCCCGACGGGGAAGACGUACCAAAGAAACGAAGGAGGAGAGCUUCAAACAGUGAAUUUGUUGACUUGAACGAACACGCUUCAAUCUGUUCAGGACUGGCCCCAAUAACUCAAACCGCUUACGGCGGCGGAGGUGGCGGUGGUGGUGAAAACGGUGGUGGUGGUGGUCUAGUUCCGUUAUGGCCUGUGGUGAGUAAUGGAGGAUCCAAUACAACAGGGCCAUUUUUCAUGUUCCCGAAUUCAACUAUGAAUCAGCCACAGUUUUGGGCUAUUCCUGCGGCGCCGUUUUUUAAUGGACCCAUUUCAGAUUUUGUUUCUACUCUGCAAAUGCAAAAUCAACUUUCAAAUGCUAAUGGUUCAUCUUCAUCUACUCUGGCUCCUAGUUUGAUCUCAGCUUCUACAUCAACUUGUUCUUCUGCAGUUACUUCUUCAUCUUCGGCUGGACCUACUCAAAUGCUCAGAGAUUUUUCAUUGGAAGUUUAUGACAAGAAAGAGCUUCAGUUUAUGGGUUGUUCUUCUGCAAAUUUAGACUCACCUCCCACUUCAAAGCCUUCAAAUUAAAGCUCUGUUUCUAGAAUAAUAAGCUUAGACUUCACAAGUUAGAAUUUAGACAAUUUCUUUUUUUAAUUUGGAAAAAAGCAUGGAUAGUUUGUGUCUAUCUAAAUUUUGUUUUUUUGGAUAAUGUAAAAGGACAAUUUUAGA